UUCAAUUUCAAUGAUAAGUUUAACUUAUUAAGUUCCAAAUCAAUCAUAAGUGAAUUAUAAUUUUCUAUCAUGUCAUUAAACGAUUUACCUGAUAAUUGUCUUUGGAAGAUCUUAGAAAAUGUUGAUGGAGUUAAAGAAUUGAUUCAAUUAUCUAAAGUUUGUUCGAGAUGGUCCGAUUUAAUUACGCUGAGAUUUAAUCGAGUAAAAUAUCUACAAACGAUGGAUACUGAUAGUACCGAAGAUAAAGUUGAUUAUAUUGAUGCGAAUUGUUUGUGGAUUAAUCAUGAUAAAAAUUGUAAUGAUGAUUGGAAUUUAAUCGAAUUUUUUCCAAAUUUAAAGAUUAUAGACACUGCGCUUGAUGAAGCUUUCAAUUUACCAAAAAUUGUCAAAAAUAAUCCACAAAUAAAGGGAUUGAUCGGUAUGCAUAGCUUGAGUAAAUGCGGUUACUUGGAAAAUAUCGAAAUGUGCGCUGCAGAUUUUAGGUUUGAUUUCGAUUAUAAAAAAGUUUUUCGACCUGAUCAAUUGAAACAAGUUUCCGGUAUCUUUUUUGCAAUGAAAGAUCUUCCUUCAUUCAUUGAAUAUUUUCCAAAUUUGAAGCGACUCAACUUACAACUCGAUGGAGCGGACGGGUAUUUUUACAAUGGACCGAAUUUGUCUUCGUUAAAGAUCCUUGAACUUAAUACAAUUUUUUUGGUUGACCAAUUCACUGGAUUUCAUUUUAUGGAUUUUUGUCCAUCUUUGGAAAGCGCUUCUAUCAGUUAUUGGGCAUAUGAUAAUUAUAUAGAUGAAUCGAUAAAGAAUUACAAUCUAAGAGAUUUGGUUAUCGUUAAUGGAAGGUUUUGGUACGCGGGUACCGAUGAUAUUCGUCUCGGUGUUUUUUCGUGGCCACUACUUAAAAAACUGUUGUCUAAAUUUCCUAACUUGCAUCAUUUAGCGAUCAGAAAUUUUGAUAAGCUUGAUGUAUGUAAUUUUGAUUUAGAAGAAUUGAUAAAAUUGUUACCUAAGUUGGAGAUAUUUGACUUACGGAAAUGUAAGAAAGUGACGCAAAAAUCAGCUGAUUUUCUGACCAAAUAUUGUCUCAGAAAGAAUAGAUCAAUCGCAAUAUAUUACGAUUGUGAAUACGAACCCGUCGAAUGGCCUGAUUUGGUUGAUGAUCAUGAACCAAUUUGUUAUGGAUUCGAUUUCAUGAAACAUUGUUUCUACAAAGAAUUCAGUUAUCUUCCAGAUCUCAUUGAUGAAUAAAAAGUUGAAACAAACUUUGAUGCAGCAAACUUUCAUCUCACUCAUGGUCACAAAUUUCAUUCUUGUCCCGUUCUUGGUGCUUCUUAUCAAAAUCACCGAAACACCGAAACACCGGUCAGUUUAAGCUGAUUAUCCGUCUUCUUUAACUUUCGAUUGACUUAAAUCAACCAGAAAGCCAUCCAAAUUUCAAUCAUCAGCAAUAAGAAUCAGCCAUUUCAUAACCAUGUCAACAUUUCAUUACAUUAAUUAAUAAAAUCUUUAAUUAAGAAA